GAACAGUUUAUGUUGUGGUCAUGGCGGGCUGUGAGCCACACCGUAAAGCCUCACAGUGAUGUAGAUUAACAGUUUUCGCAUGACGACAUUAAUAAUUAAGCGGUGUACCUGAACACCAUGAUUGGCACCCAGGAGCGAAGAAUGUCUCUGCGACGUAAGCGCUCUACAAAAGGCACUGAUGCCACAGAAUCCCCAGUAUCAAAGAAGAGUUCGCCAUUAAUGGAAAAUGUGGAUGAUGAAACAUCAGGAAACAGUGUCCAAUCCCAAGUGUAUGAGUUCCAACGAAUCAAUAGUCAGCUACUGCUAUCACCUCGACAGUCUUUCCGCACACCUAAGAUUGAUCAGAAAAGAAGGCUCAGUGAUAAUACCAAACAAACUUUUCACACACCGCAAACAAGGCAGCAAGAGCUGGAAAGUCAACAACAACAUUCACCAGACACACCAUUCAUCUGUAGUCAGCUGCAUGGGACUCAAGAAUGUGAAGUUGUGUGGGACUGUAACUCACCUGGCUACUCCAAAGAUGACCUGAAGCGCAACUCACAACUAGAGGAAGAUGAGCAAGGAGACAGUAAGGCUUGUCAUCAUGUCAGUACGAAAACAACACGACGUGCUAGCGAAAUCCUCGAUGAUGAUCUCUUUGAAGAUGAUGUCCUUUCAGUAAUAGAUGAAGUGGAAUCUCAGUAUGGUAGCCAGCAAGCACAGUCUGAGAUGGCCAGCUCCCAGCCACUCAUAUGCACAAAAGAUGAGAUUACACGUAAGAAAGAGGCAGCUCAACGGUUACGUGAAGAGAAACAGAGAGGACGUAAUCAGUUGGGAAGAUAUCGACCUGUUUAUUAAUCCUUCAUCGUGAACUAAAGAAUUUUAUUUUCAUUUACCAAAGUCAUAGUAAAUAUAUUAUCCUGUUUUUAAUCAUAUUUACAUCAUAGUUUUUUUAUUUUCAUACUGAACAGUACAGGUAUCACUCUCUUCAUGAACGUUCACAGUACAGGUAUCACUCGCUUCAUGAACGUUGAGGAUACAAAAAUUUACUUUACAAAUUUCCUAAAUCUAACACAUGCUUUACCUGCCUAUAUAAAUUUGGACUGUAGCAGAAAUUCAAAUAGCAUGCCCCCAGAAGUCAGCUCGGGCAACCAUCGUGGAGAGAUGGGCAGAGACGUAUUCUCGCUCAGUGAUUACAACAAACCCCCAGCCCUUUGUAUUUCGUUCUGCCAUUCCACACCCCUUUGGUGAGCUCUGACUAUGCACCCUUAAGGUAAUCACUCCCGCUAUUCAGUUCAUUUGUUUGAACUCACAGCUCUGGGAGGUGAAGAGCUUAUUUAAGAGUUACACUUAACACCAAGUUGAACUCGUCCCUGUAGUCACAUCCCUCUUGCUACCAGGUCAAUCUACACUAUGGUUAUUAUUCAUCUCAUAAUUUGGGGUAGAUAAACUUCCUUUAUUAUUAUUUUUUUUACUCAGUUACAUGCACGCACACUCCUACAUACAUAAUAUGUACAAAUAUAUAUACUGUAUAUAUCAUAAGGUCUAAAACAUAAAGGAAUAAACAUGUUUGACAGUUAGCGCCGAAGGUCUAGUGAAGUAUUUAUUUGUUUAUUUAUGUUUUUUGCUUAUAAAAUGUCAUAGAAGUGACUGGGGAAAAUAUAAUUUACAUUGCUGGAAUUCUUAUAAG